CCACCAACGCCGUUCUAGCGCAAGAGCUGGCUGCAGCGCGUGCCACGGCCACAGAUAUCGAAGACAUUGCUGACGAAGCUGCUGCUAAGAUCCUUGGAGCCAGCUGUGGCAAGGAUUAUGUCUUCCCACAAGUUCCUUUUUGGCGCUGCCAGCCUCGUCUACGAGACCAUGAAAAGGACUCGUGUGUGGACGCCCAAGACUGCUUUUUGUUCGCGCUUGGCCUCGACCGCCUUUCGCCCGUGCACACAGGUCGCUGUCGUUGUGAUAGGGAAACCAUUGCGGCAGAAAAGAAGCGGCGCGCCGAAGAGCGGGCUGCGCUAGAGGCCGAAGCUGAGGCUCUCGAGGCCGCCCAUGCCGAUGAUAAGGAACGUCCCACCAAAAAACGGGUCAAGAAAGAUGCCAAGGAAAAGAAAGCACCGCCACCACCCAAGUACAUGAUGUGCCACAUGUGCGGCCAAUGCCCCGGCUCCGAAGCGUGCGAACACAAGGCGUGCAAGAACUGUUGCAAGGCCAUGUGUCGUGAACAGAUUCUCGACUGUGAAAAGCACAGGAACUUUCAUCGCUCGCAGCCUGAGCGGUAUCAGCCGGACGGGGAGAAAGACAAGGCCGGGGCAGCCGGCCAAACUCCAGUUGCUGCCACAUAG